AACAUAUUUAACCCGAAGAUUCCAAAUGACAAAAGAGCUGCUCUCGCAGAACAUUAGACUGCUCAUGUCUCUCCCUUGGUCCCUCCACUGCACCCUCUACGGAUUACGGAACCACUUUCAUUCUUCAUUAUCUUGAUCCUACCCAGAACACACAAGAAUCGUCAUGCCUAGAUCGCGCUAUGAGAAGCUAAAGCAUGGUGAUGACAGAAAGGUUGCAAAGCCAAGGAAGCGUAGGGUGAAGAAAAUGAAGCGUGUUCGGCUAUCUAGCUAGCUUGUUCCAGAACACUCAUUUUGAAGGCUCGUUCAUAUGGUAGUUUUGGCAGGCAGGAUAGCGAAAGGUGUAUAUAUAUGCUGAUGAUAUUGUAGAUCGAUUGAAGACGCAUGGAUGGAUUAAUUGUUUCAUUUUUAGCUGUGAUAUUAAUUGAUCUUCAAUCUCUUCAUCCUGUAAUUUGUUCUGGUUCCUGAAGUUGAGAUUCCUAGGAGUAGUAUAUAGAUUGAGCCUUUGGCAUAAUUAAUGGAACCGUCUUAAAAGGAUUUGGAAUAAGUGGAAUAAUUGAUUUAGCAUUUAAUUUAUAUUAAAUCGAUCUGGGGCAUUCUUCAUUAUAUAUGUAGGUUGCAGUUGGAAAGCAAUUAGAUUGAAUUAUAUAUAAACACAGAAGUUGCCUUUUAGGGAAUAUAUAUGGGGAUCCAGUUGGACUUGAGAGUACCUUGGUACUUGGUAGAAAAAGCUAUCUUAUUGAACAAAUUAAUAGGGGCAAUUAGACUAAUUGCGUCUUGCUGUAAAGGAGUCUCUCUUAAAUGAAAGUUACCUUUCCAA